AUUUAUCUUUAUUUAACGCUCAAAAAAUGAAAAUUCUUGUCAAUAUCUUGAUUUUAAUCAGAAUAACGUCUGGAAUGUUAUAUGACGGGAAGUAUUUCGACAUGAAAGACCGAAUUCGUGCUGAAUGUAUUAUCAAAAAAGCAAUGUCUGAUUAUAAAUAUCUCGGAAAUAACGACAAAUCAGUCAAUGGAGAACCAUGUGUUCCAUGGAUUGAGGUCACAGAAUCAUGGCUCCCCACUGCGAGUGAUUCUCAGAAAAUGAAAAAACAAGCUUCGGAGAGCUUCCAUCAUUCAAAAUGCAGAAAUAUUAAAUUAUCAGUUGUUAACCCAAUGUACUCUGUUUCCACGCCAUCUGCAAUUGAAACUGGCAUUCCUUCCGGUAUCCAUGGUCCAUGGUGCUUCAUAGACAAGGUUGGAACUAAUGGUACAGAAAGUUUCAAGUACACUCCCGUCACUUGCUUCAAUUAUUGCGAUGAGACAAAAGUGGCAACGGACAAUGAAAAAAUGAGAUUGACAGAAAAUGGAUAUGCAAUACUGAAACAAAACUAUAAUCCGGCACUCUUAGAUCCAAUCGAGAAACUUUUCACGGAGUAUCAGUUUGGAAACAUGAAGUAUUAUACAUUUAAAAAGUCUCGUGAGCAGCCUCCUCAAUAUUUAGAACUUCGUCAGAAAGUUUUCAUAGCCUUAUGCCUCGUCUUUUGUGUAGUCAUCGCCUGGAUACUUUCGUGCUACUUCCUCAAGAAACAUUCCCAAAAACUCCAUCAAAAGAAGCAGAAGGCGUUGGAAGGAUUCUAUGAAAGCAACAACUUGGCAGAUAUAAAAUUGCAAGCAGAUUUGAGAAGAGAACGAGAAGAAGCAUGAAACUGUAUUCGAUUUGAAUUGAUAAUAAACAAAUGAAAACAAUCA